UGACUCCGCUGGAGUUCCUGAAAUCAGGCAUUGCUACCCCGACUCUGGACUAUCAUAACCAGGGAUCUGCUAGCUCGCAACAGGGACAAGGAAUACUGUCACGUCGCGCUCAGCCUUGAUGCUGCUUUUGGAUAUCAGAAGGACGUUUGCUAUGGAAACAGGCUGUUUGUUUUUGAGUUGCUUUAAGGUCUUGAGUGGGAUUUGAGGCACACUCCACACCCCGGCUGCUUAUGAAAGGUGCAGGAAUACUGCGGUUCAACUUUGAUACACCAUGGAGAAGAGGUGAUCCUGUCCUUCUGCAGCUAAAGAAAUAUAAUCAAAGAUCAUGGGGAAUUCAUACGCGGGGCAGCUGAAAUCUGCACGCUUUGAGGAGGCUCUUCACAACUCUAUAGAGGCUUCAUUAAGAUCGAGCGGCGGCGACCCACAGCCCGUAUUCACACAGCUGUAUCUCGAGCCCGAUCAGUAUCCUAGCAACCUGGAGGAUAUUAAGCCCAAAAUGGACCUGAGCAUGAGGUCCGACCUAUCCAGCCAUGUGCUAGUGAACUGCCAGUCCAUCAAAUCCACUGAAGAUAUGGAUGACGAGGAGGAUUCAGACACCAGCAGCCCACCGUUGCCUUACCUGCAGGGACCCCCUCCUGACGGCUGCUGCACUGUUGAUGGGUUCUGUCAAGCGGGAAAGGAUCUGCGCCUGGUUUCCAUGGCAACAGAGUCUAUCGAGGUUCCCGCGGGGUUUGAGCUGAUUGGUGCCAAAUCUCCCAGCAUCCCAGAGCACAUCCUCGUUUGUGCAGUGGACAAGCGCUUCCUGCCAGAUGAGAAUGGGAAAAAUGCACUUUUAGGGUUUUCGGGGAACUGUGUGGGCUGUGGUGAGAAAGGGUUCCGCUACUUCACUGAGUUCUCCAACCACAUCAACCUGAAGUUAUCCACUCAGCCGAAGAAGCAGAAGCACUUAAAGUACUACCUGGUGAAGAACUCUCAGGGUGCUUUGUGCAAGGGAACCCUCAUCUGCUGGAAAGACUGUAAGACAAGGCCAUUAUCGAACAGUGCUUCUUCAUCCAAACCUAGUUCCUCAUCCUCACUAAGCAGCAAAGAAAAUGGAGACACAAAUGGCCACAGUCCAUCUCCUCUCCCCCUCUCAGACUCGCCUCCUGCCCGCAUGCGGUCUGGCUCAUCUUUAGGGGUUUUCGGACCCCCAGAGCUGGGCUUCCACAAAUCGCUGAACACACCGACCCACAGGACCAAGACUUUACCGAUCGUUCCUACUGCCCUGCGAGUAAAUGGUCUAACUAAUGGUCUAAGUAUGGAUGGACGGUCCAGUCUACUGAGCCCACCACAUACAAACCCACUCGCCACACCUACUCAUGGCUAUAGGACCACAGAACCGGGAGACAGUCCAGCAUCCUCUGCUAUGUCAUCGGGUCCACCUAAAAAGCGUCACCGCAGCUGGCACCCCACCUCUCUCGUCCCCGUCCCGGCCACGGCCGUCCCUGUGCCAGCCAUCCGUCCGCUGACGUGUAGCUCUGGUUCUUUAUUGUCCCUGUCCAAUCAGCAGCCUCCAUCAGUGUCAGGGGUCAUACAACCCCAACCAAUCACAGCAGGAGAAACGGUCAUCAUUCCUGACAAUCUUCUGAACUCCUCUGGGGUCCGACCAGUCCUUCUCAUUGGUCAAGGCACUUUACCGUACUUCUUUGGCAAUGUGGGUGAUCUGGUGGUGAGCCCCCUGCUGGUGAGCUGCUAUAAGGGCCGAGAGCUCAAUGAGAAGACCCUCGCCAGUCUGGGCAUGUCAGCAAGCCAGUUACUCACCACAGAGACCAUGAUACUGCUCACACUGCAAUACCUCGCUCGGCUGGGUAUGGAGCAGAUCCCGUUACGGGAAGAGUUAGAGCAGAUUGUACUGAAGGCCAUGCUGUGCGGUCCGACCGGCCCUCCCGUGUCUCCCGCCCAGCUUCCCUGGUUAGCUCGAAUGGAGGCCAGUGUGUCAGGGGGCGGCGUUCAGGUGCUGGCCAGCCAUGGCUCUCUGGGCGAGGGCAUCUCUGAGUCGCUGCGCUCGCUGAGUGAAACACCACCGCAGCAGCAGCAGUGUCUGCCCAAUUAUGUGCUCAUUAUCUGCACCUCCAAAAGUGGAGCUAAUGAGUUCUGCGUGUUAGUGUUGGGUAAAUAUCAGUCUCGAGCUUUGGCGGAGAGCAUGCUCACUACCAAUGAGUUUCUGAAGGAGAUCAGCUAUGAGCUCAUCACAGGGAAAGUUAGUGUGCUCGCCUCGCACUUCCAGAGCACCUCAUUAGGUGACAACAUGGACAAACAGCUGGUUCGGUACCAGCGCAAGCGCAAAGACCGUGUGGUUCAGCCCUUUCAGGGACAUCUGACCGAGUACAUCCACUCCCAAGAGGCCGCAGCCAUGGUACCAGAAUCAGGGCCAGAUCUGCUGAGUGAUGGCUUUCAGAUACACCCUCCACAGCUGAGUGUUGCACGCAGCCUUUUGUCGCAGGUGUGUGCUAUCGCCGACUCAGGGAGCCAGAGCUUAGAUCUGGGCCGCUUCUGUAAAGUGGACUUCCUGAUUCUAGUGCCGCCGUCCCAUGUCCUGGUUCACCAAACAGUCCAGCGAAUACGACAAUCAGGCGUCCUGAUUGAUCUAGGUAUAGAGGACGCCUCAUUAGCCCUGCAGAAGUCUGACAAGUAUGUGGUGCGUCUGGACGCGGAGGUCCACACAAAAAUGGAGGCCUUCAUGAGAAAGGUCAAGCAGGACCCUUACACGCUCUUCGUCCUCAUUCACGACAACUCGCACGUCGACCUGACCAGCGCUCUGUCAGGGUCGGUUUGUCACGGGGAGUUGCAGGGAUUGGCCGACCGCGUGGUGAACUGUCCAGAGGUUCUGGAAGCAAUAAACCUGCUGGUUCUGCAGGUCAGCUGCUUCCCGUUCACCCUGCAGAGCCGUCAGUCACGCAUCAGUACCCAGAAUGAAGUGCACUGGCCCAACACUGACGACCUGCAGGCUGAGGCUUCUCCCAAGGACCUGGUCUACUUUGGGCUGAAGGACUACAGCAGGUCCCUGCAGUGGGGAGUGGCGAGUCCGAUCCUUCGCUGUGACGACGCCUUUGAACGGAUGGUCAAAACCCUGCUGGAGAGGCACCCGCAUUUGCACAGCAUGGUGAUCCGCAGCUAUCUGUUGAUACAGCAGUACACAGAGGCUCUGAUGGCCCUCACGGCGGCCCCCUCACUGCGGGAUCACGUGACCCCUCAGACCCUCGCCAUGGUGGAGGAUCUGCUGAGCGUCCCGGGCCGCAGCAGGCACGGGUGCGGGCACAUGCUGUUGGUGCGCGUGCCCUCGCUGCAGCUGGCACGGCUGGCACAGGAGCGGCUUGAGGAGGCCCGGGAUAAGCUGGGCCUACAGUACCGCUUUGCUGUUCUGCUGGGAAGCCCUACUGCCGAGAUCAGCCUGCCAGUCCACUUCUGUGCCCGUCUGCGGGCUUGUAGGGGCUGUAGGAAUGAAGAGUGGGCCCCUCAUUCAUAUGAAGAUCUGGAAGGACUUCCAUGCAUUGUCAUCCUCACAGGGAAAGAUCCUCUAGGAGAGACAUUCCCAAGGUCAUUGAAGUACUGUGACUUGCGACUGAUCGACUCCAGCUACCUGACGCGUACGGCACUGGAACAGGAAGUGGGUUUGGCCUGCUCUUACGUGACACACAGAGUAAUACCCGAGACGAAAACAGCAGCAGGUAGAGAAGAGAGACCAACCGAUGACGAGAGGAGCUCAGGAGAAACGGCAGACCAUGACGAGCUCCAGAUGGAGCUGGAGAGGCCACCCAGCAAUGCCAGCGCUGCUACCAGGACCUCUGGCUCUACCACAGAAAAUGGCGUCAGUUCUUCAAGUGUACUGGACAAACCGUCCUUGCACAGUGACCCAUCCAGCAGCAGAAAUACAAUGGACUCUUGCUCCUCUCCGAUUCGCUUCAAACAGGAGUGUGACUCCCAGGCUCCCUCCUCUUCUGCCACAUCCUCGUUCUCCUCUGCCUCCUCGUCCUCUUCCUCUUCCUCUUCCUCUUCUCUGGGAGCUCAGAAACCAAGCCAGUCCACGCAGGCCCCACGUGAAUGUAACAGGACGCAGGUCUUCCCCCGGACAGUGGUGCUCUCCCGGGCGGCGUAUGCCCUGCUGGCCCCUGAGACGCUGGGUCAGCCCAGUUCAGCGUCUCUGCUGCCUCACGCGGAUGUGGUGUGGAGCAGCCCGCUCAGACCGCCUGUUCCUCACGCUCUCGGAGGGGCAGAGCAGUCCCUGUACUACCGCCAGUGGACUACAGCCAGGCAGCACCAUGCGGAUUAUGAAGUGCCAGCUGUGCCCCAUUCCAGAAGACUGCUGUUGAGUGGACCACCACAGGUUGGAAAAACAGGUGCGUAUCUGCAGUUUCUACGAAUCCUGUUCCGUAUGCUGAUUCGCCUUCUGGAGGUGGACGUGUAUGAUGAAGAAGAGCUGGAGCAGGAUGUGCAAGACAAAUCAAAGGUUCCCGCUGUCAGUGGGCCGCAGUGGCCUGAUGUGGAGGACAUCCGCAAACUGCCCUUUGACCUCUACCCCCAUGACCCCAAGUUCAGAUAUGCGAGUCCAGUGUAUGCAGACAGGAUGCCAAAGUCACUGAACGAGGUUAAAACAGAAAGACUGGAGGCAGAAGAGGAGCCGCCGAAGAGAAACACGGUGUCUGUUAGACUCAGCCUGUUUGCGGCCCAUAAUGCAUUUCACCACUGUGAGCAGUGCCACCGUUACAGCGAGCCUGCUCCUGCCGCUCAGCUGUCCGACUGCACCUUCCACGCCUUCACGUUCUGCUCCUCCAUGCUGGGAGAGGAAGUCCAGCUGCACUUUAUCAUUCCUAAAGUCCAAGAGCCUCAUUUUGUGUUCAGCCAGCAGGGCAGUCAUUUAGAGAGCAUGCGGCUCCCACUGAUCUCAGACAAGGAGUCCGGCCUGCUGAAAAGUCCCAUCUUCACACCCACCACGGGCCGGCAGGAGCACGGCCUUCUCAACAUCUACCACGCCAUGGAGGGAGCCGAGCACCUGCACAUUUUGGUGGUCAAGCAAUAUGAAAUGCCUCUCUACAGGAAAUACUGGCCCAACCACAUCCUUCUAGUGCUGCCCGCCGUGUUCAACAACUCUGGAAGGAUGGAGACCGCGGUGCGUGUGUGUGCGUCUCAGUAUGUGUGCGCUCCGGACAGUGAGCACACACUGCUGUCUGCGCCGGCUCAGUUCCUGCUGGAGAAGUUUCUGCAGUCCUGUAGCCACCGGCUCUUUCCUCUGGCCCUCUGUAACAGCACUAACCCCGUGCUCUCCAUAGACAGCUACCUCAACCUCGGCCCACAGAUUCAGACGUGUUACAUGAGCUCUCGGCCGCACUCAGUGAACGUGGAUCAUCAAGGGGUGCUGUUCGGUGGACUGCUGCUCUACUUGUGCGACUCCUUUGUCAUUUCAAGCCUCCUGAAGAAAUUCAACUUCCUCAAAGGCGCCACGCUGUGCGUGAUCUGUCAGGACCGCAGCUCUUUGCGUCAGACUAUAGUGCGUUUGGAGCUGGAGGACGAGUGGCAGUUUCGUCUGCGGGAUGAGUUUCAGACGGCCAACUGCAGCGAGGACCGUCCCCUCUACUUCCUCACAGGCCGCCAUAUCUGAUCUCCACAUCUCCAUUUCCCUUCAACUGUUUGGCCAGCACAUAGAGAAGAAGUUUUCCAGCAUCAUAGCUCUCCAACACUGAGAGUUUCUGCUUCUGAAGAGAAUAAGACUUGAGAUUCUCAUGCAUUCUGCAUCACCUCGGACGACGUUUGAGUAUUGAUACUGUGCUGGAUACAGAUGUUGCGUGUUUCCCUUUUUUUACGUUUUGGAAAAGCUUUCAGAACUUUGUUUGUUGGUGAUUUUGCGUGUCCUAAAACGCAAGGACAUUGCGAAGGAUAUGUCCUUCUACAUAUGAUCUCAGGGAUAUUUGUCGCAAGACAAAAGGACUUACUACUGCUAUUCUUUCUUCUUGCCUGCUUUAUGUAAUGCUUAUCAUCAACGUCAUCCACCAAAGACUCAUAAACUCCUCGAGCUGAACGCUCACACAGCAGCAUAUGAUGUGUUUAGGUUUAGCAUUUCAUUGGGUAAUCCAAAAUUAUGUCAUCAAUGCAAAAUGACUAAACAUCUUCUAUAAUCUUUUGUCUUGCCAAAGAUAUUGCCUGACGUAAUCCAAACCAUUCCUUGCUCCUCAGAGCUGUCAGUCGUCCAAGUUUGGGCAUUGCAAUGGACUCACAAGGUUACAAAGUUCAAUUACUGAAGUCAACAUCCGCUGUAUCUGAAGAAAUUCAUUUAUGAUCUUCUUGAUUGCGGUCUGAAUCAGCUGAUGUGUGCCGAUGUUCUUUAUGAUUGUAAAUGCUAGUUGGUACAUAUCUGAAGUGUUAACCACAGUUAAAAGGUCAUGUUGUCUAAAGUUAGCAUCUAUUAAUCAUCAUAUUUCAGCAAAACGUUCCUUUUAUUGAAGUCGCUGGGAAUGUUUUGUAGUUGCACACUAUAAAUGCCUUGAGGAACCCUGAGGACGACACAAUCCCAAACUCCACUCCAGAAUAGACUAUUAAUAUCAGUGAAACAGGAGAGACAAUGACCAUUUCAUAAAGAUGGCUACCUUGCUAGCUAGCCAGCUAGCUAAUAUGGUAUGCCUGAGAAGAUGAGUGUUCUGGAUUGGUUUAUCUUUUGAUGUAGACUUUUUGGAUGUUAAAAGAAAAAAGCUUUGUUUACAUUUUAAGAAAUGCCGAUAUUAAUAUAUAUGACAGACUUUUUGUCACUUUGGAUUCUGGCUAGUUUUAGUUUAUUUUUCCACGGCACAAAGAAUCUACCUAGGACCCAUUAGUUUCUGUUUCGGGUGAUUUAUUUAAAAUUAGAACAAAUGGAUCCCUUUUUUGAGGGAUUGUUUUAUUUAUUGAAAAAGCUUCUUGGACUGAUAAUCAUUGAAAUAUCAGGAAUGCUUUGCUAGGUCAAGUCCUUGAAUUCAUCACCAAAAGCUUUGCACACUUGACAGAUGAUGUAUUAGAAAUGAACUAAUGUAAGCAAAAAAAGCCUAACAAAUAUAUGGUUUACAUUAUUAUGAACCAACUGGAGUGUUUAGAAUGAAAUGCAUCAGUUCCCGUAAUGAUACUGAUUGUAAUGAUGAAGAAAGCCAAAUACCCACUGGACAACGAAUGUGUCUCAUUUGUAGAUAAUUUGAUGUGCACAUAAAUUAUGCAAUUUGCUUCUCACAAUCUUUGCAUCUUUCCUGUCAGCUGUGAAUAUUCUGAACAUAUGUAGCUACGAACCAUUUGAAAUCUUCUACCUCAUGAUCUACUGGCCGGCUUUGGUUUAGUAAGCAUUUGAUUUCAGAAAAAUUUUCUUAUUGCUGUUGAGAUAAAUGAAUGUAAUAAAGUGUUAUC